AUGAAGGCUUUCCUUGCGUUACUUGUUGCUGUUUUGGCAAUUGGGGUAAAUGGGCAAACUGGUCCAUGUGCUAAUAUUCGUACACGUGGUGCAUGGGGAUCACGUUCGACAAAUCCUGCCUGGUUAGCUACGCAACCUCCAAAUGCAUUCGUUGUUCAUCAUACUGAUGGAGCUCGUUGUUCGACAGUUGCACUUUGUGAUCAACAAAUGAGAAAUAUUCAGAACUUCCACAUGAACACAAAUGGAUGGGCUGAUAUUGGAUACAAUUUCUGCAUUGGUGACACAAAUCAAGUAUACGAAGGUCGUGGUUGGAACCGUGCUGGAGCUCAUUCACCAGGUUUCAAUUCGCGCUCGAUCGGUUUUUGCUUCAUGGGAGCUUUUCAUACAGUUUUACCAUCACAAGCUGUUCUCAACACAGCUCAAGCUUUCGUUAUUUGUGCUCGCGAUUGGGGUCGUUUGACAACAACAUAUCGUCUUCUUGGUCACAGACAAGAUGUUGCAACUACUUGUCCCGGUAACGCUUUGUUUUCUAAUAUUCAAACCUGGCCUCGUUGGUCAUAA